AUGCCAAUCUCGAGGAAGGCGGCGGUCCUCAUUCUGCUUUUCGCUGAUGAGAAAGGCGACCUGAAGGUCGUUAUCACAAUGCGUGCCAGUACUCUCAGUUCAUACUCUGGACAAGCAGCCUUGCCCGGUGGUAAAGCUGAACCUGGAGAAACGGCAUUCGAAGCUGCGAGAAGAGAGGCUUCUGAAGAAAUUGGCCUUCCUCGACGAUCGGAAUCCUUGCCAUCGCCGUUUCGUGUCGAGCAUCUAUGUGAAAUGCCCACAAAUCUUGCCAAGACCGAGCUUGUCGUGCGACCCUGCGUGGCUUUUCUACAUUCCCAUGACCCUGAGACUGGGUUGGAUGCCAGCGUGGCGGAAAGGCUGCUGCCUAGACUGGAUGCCAGAGAGGUAGCCGCUGUUUUCUCAGCCCCUUUCAAAAACUUCUUGUAUACGGAAGACCUACCUAACCAGCAAAACCUGCCUGGGAAACCGAGCGAUUGGUACAAAGGGACGUGGACUGAUUGGCACCAAAGUCGGUGGAGGAUGCAUAAUUUCUUUGUUCCAGUCACCAACCAAACCGUGUCAAAACCGAAGAAGAAUGAAGAUCAGAAAGCUGCAGCAAGCCAUCUAGACAAGCUAGCAAGAUAUCGAGUCUUUGGCAUGACUGCGAGAAUCUUAACUGAUGCUUCUCGCUAUGCUUACAACCAAGAACCGACAUUCGAGCAUAACAGCCAUUUUGGAGACGAAGACAUGAUAGCAAGGCUUAGACGAGUGGGUCGGCUGGGAGACAUUAGAAGACCGGGCGAUGAAUUGACAAAAGAAGACCUGGCCAAAGCCGCUAAUCUAUGA